AUGGCUUACAAUAUAAAAAUAUAUAAUAAUGCCUCAAACACCAUUCACAAUCUUAGAGGGAAAAAAUUUGAUUGUCGUCUUAUUUCAGUUCUAAAAAAAUUUCAAUUAACAAGUCAAGAAGAAAAACCUUUAGAUUUUAUUGCAGAACCCCCAGGUUCUUCAGUUGGAACAAUUUUUAUAACUGCAGCAAAUUUAAAUUUCGUCCCUUCACUUCGAGCUGUUAUUGCAAAUAUUAAAAGGGCAUUUGGUGUUAAACAAAAAAUUGUUGCCUAUGAUUUGGGGGGAAUUUUAAGAAAUAAAGUUAUUAUGAGAGAACUUGGACAAAUAUGUAAUUUAGAAAUAAGAGAAUUUAAUAUUAAACAAUUACCUAAAAAUGUACGUGGAAUGAAAACAUUUUCAUGGAAAUUGUUACUUUUUGCGCAAGCUUAUUUAGAAUUUGAUUCAUUUAUUUAUUGUGAUACUUCAGUGCAUUUUAUUUCAAAUGAUUUUAGAGAACAUUUUAAUCUAAUAAAUUCGGGUAAAGUAAGCCCUUUCCUUUUUGGAUUAGGUACUUAUCACGGCAUUAAACACGCAACUUUACAAGAAACAUUUGAAUAUAUUCCUUUAUUUAAUGGGAAACAUUUUGAUAUUGAAAUGCAAGAAGCUAAUUUUAUUAUUGUAAAAAGAAGUGAAUUUACAAGAGAAAUUUUAAAAUGGGCAUUACUUUGUGCAUUUACUUUGGAUUGUAUUGAACCUAGAAAAGUUCCUUGGGAUUGCCCUGAAGAAAUUUUUUAUAGUAAUAGAGUUUAUGGUUUAUGCCAUAGAAUGGAUCAAAGUGUUUUAAGUACUUUAAUUUAUAAUGCUGAAGAAGAAAUUGUUGGAAAAGGAAAUAAAAAAUUAAUUAGGCAUUAUGAUUUCCUUCACCCUAGUCAUCGUCUAAUUAAACAUAUGUUGGUUAGGAGACAAUGGAAUAAAGAAAAAAUGGCAAAAUUAUAUAAAUGUUAAAAAUUGUGAUCUUAAAUUUAUUUAAAUGGUUUUUCAAAAUUUUUAGAAAAUUUGAUAUUUUUAAUAAAAUAAUUGACAUUUCUUCAAUUUUUUAAAUAUCAAAAAAUUUGACAAAAUAUCAAAAAAUAAUUUAAUUUAAUACUUAUAUAAAAAACCCCAACUUGUCCCUAUUUUUGGGGGUAAAAUCCUUUCAAAAAAGUCCUGCGCCCCGGCCGAAGGCCGAGGAAUUUUUUCAAAGGUGGAUUUGUCCUGUAACUUUUUGCGCUCUAUUCAGGAAAAUUAUGACCUCGGCGCUGAAACGUCGUUUUCGCACUGAAACG